AUGGUUAGAGAUAUAAAAUUGAUGAGGCUCACCAAAUCGAGUUUAGAGGCCCUGAACAAAAAUCAAAUGCUUACCAAAAAAAGUGAAAGGAAAAUGUUAAAAUUAUGCCUAUAUGCAAUUCUAACGUUUAUGAUGUGUGGUAUGUUUUUGUUAUUCCUAACCACGACAUCGAAUAAAGAGUUAAUUAUUAAUGAAAGUAGUAAUUUAAAUGAUCUUUUAAGAAAUACUAAUGAUGGAGAUAUACUGAAUAAGGAAGAAAUAGAAGCAUUGAAAUUUAUUUUUUCAAAAUAUCCAAAGGAAAAUAAGGACGCAAUUGAUGAUGCUAACAAAAUGAACGAAGGAAAAAAUGCAGCAGGUAAUAAUAUAAAACUGAUGAAGAAAUAUAAAGAUUUUAUCUUCAAUAUAAAUGAUGAAAAUAAAGAAGACUUUGCAAAAAUGCUACAUGUACUUUUAAAAAAUAAAAUAAAUGAAAAGAAAAAAAAAAAAAAACAAUCAGAAAACAAUGAUGAAGAGGGAAACAAAUUGCUCAGUAAUUUCCGAACGACUGGAGGUCUGAAAAGUAUUAAGAACGAUGAUAAAAUAUUGAGUGAAGUAAAUACAGAAAAUAUAUUGUUCAAUAUGAAAUAUGCAUCGAAAUUUUUAAAGUUUAUGAAAAAAUAUAACAGAAAUUAUAAAGACAUAAAUGAACAAAUAGAAAAAUACGAAAACUUCAAGGUGAAUUAUAUAAAAAUUAAAAAUCACAAUAAAAUGAAUCAUACUUAUAAAAUGAAAAUAAAUCAAUUCGGUGAUUAUUCAAAAAAAGAUUUUGAAAAAUACUUUAAAAAAUUAUUACCAAUACCAAAUCAUUUGAAAGAAAAAUAUGUAACACCAUUCAGUUUACAUAUGAAAUAUAAAAAAAAUAAAUUGACACUUGGGAACUCAAACCUUUUUGCUUCCGUACCAGAAAAUUUAGAUUAUCGAGAAAAGGGAAUCGUACAUGAACCAAAAGAUCAAGGAUUAUGUGGUUCCUGUUGGGCAUUCGCUAGUGUAGGAAAUGUUGAAUGUAUGUAUGCAAAGGAACAUAACAAAACUAUUUUAACGCUAAGUGAACAAGAAGUUGUAGAUUGCUCAAAAUUAAAUUUCGGGUGUGAUGGUGGACAUCCAUUUUACUCUUUUAUAUAUGCCAUUGAAAAUGGAAUAUGUUUAGGAGAUGAAUAUAAAUAUAGAGCUAUGGAUAAUUUAUUUUGUUUAAAUUAUAGGUGUAAAAAUAAAGUUACAUUAUCAUCUGUUGGUGGGGUAAUGGAAAAUGAAUUAAUACGUGCUCUGAAUGAAGUAGGUCCUGUAUCUGUUAAUGUUGGUGUGACAGAUGAUUUCAGUUUUUAUGAUGGAGGAAUAUUUAAUGGUACUUGUACAGAAGAAUUAAACCAUUCUGUUCUUUUAGUUGGCUAUGGCCAAGUACGUAGUAGCAAAAUAUUUCAAAAAAAUGGUGCUAUUGAAAGUUCCACAAGUGUCAUGAAAGAUGGAACAGAUACCACACAUAAUAAUGCCACUGAUGAUAUCAAAUACUAUUGGAUUAUCAAAAACUCUUGGAGUAAAAAUUGGGGAGAAAAUGGAUUCAUGAGAAUUAGCAGAAACAAAGAAGGAGACAAUGUUUUUUGUGGUAUCGGUAUCGAAGUUUUCUAUCCAAUUUUGUAA